AUGCCCGCUCCCGUCCCCAAUUCCACCACCCCCUUCUGGCGCACCCAUCCCCAUCCUCUCGACCGCCACCGCAGUACCCCAGACCUCCCUGCUGAAUGCGACAUCCUCAUAAUUGGAGCCGGCUUCGCAGGCGCAGCCUUAGCACAUUUCCUCUACAAGGACAACCCCUCGCCGCCAUCAGUGGUCAUUCUUGAAGCACGAGAAGCAUGCUCUGGAGCUACCGGUCGAAAUGGCGGACAUCUCAAACCAGACGUCUACCUUAACCUCCCCAAGCAUAUCAAAGAGUAUGGUGUCAAGGCCGCAGUAGAGGUAGCCAAGUUCGAAGCCUCUCAAGUCCACGCCGUAAAGGAGCUAGUCGAGACUGAGAACAUCGACUGCGACUUCGUCCUCACCCGCGCGUGCGACGCAACCCUGGACGAGGAACUAGCAAAAGAGAUUGAGACCGCGUAUGCAGAGCUAGUCAAGUCAGGUGUUGCUGAUCUGAAAGAUGUACAAUUUACGCCGCGCAAGGAUGCUGAGCGAGUAUCCGGCGUCAAAGGCGCCCUUAACUGCUUCACCUUCACAGCAGGCCACAUUUGGCCGUACAAGAUGGUAAUGCAUCUCCUCCAAGGUGUUGUGAACCGAGGCGCGAAUCUCCAAACCAUGACUCCUGUUACUUCUAUCGAUGAGAACCCUCUACCCGAUGGUCGCUGGGUAGUACGAACCGAAAGGGGGAAUAUAAAAGCGAAGAAAAUUCUUCUUGCGACGAACGCAUACACAUCUCAUUUGGCCCCGCAGUUCAAGAACCACAUUGUCCCGGUGCGCGGGAUAUGCAGUCGCAUCGUUGUACCAGAGGGCAAGGUGGCGCCGUUCCUACCCCAAACAUAUAGUAUCCGGUAUGGGCCGUCCAUGUACGAUUACUUGAUCCCCAGACCAGACGGGAGUAUCAUUGUUGGUGGGGCCAAGACAAAAUUCUGGACGGAUACGAAGCACUGGUAUGAUGUUGUGGAUGAUGGGAAGUUGAUUGAGCCCGCCAAGACGUACUUUGACGGGUUGAUGCAGAGACACUUUGUUGGCUGGGAGGGGAGUGAGGCACACACGGAUCGCGUGUGGACGGGGAUUAUGGGGUAUAGUUCGGACUUCAUGCCAUAUGUGGGUGAGGUGCCUGGGAAGCCGAAUCAAACUGUUAUGGCGGGCUUCUCUGGACAUGGCAUGCCGCUGAUUCUGCUUUGCGCGAAAGCGGUUGCGCGCAUGGUGAGGGAGAAUGUUGCGUUUGAGGAAACUGAUGUACCAUCGGUCUUUCGGGUGACGAAGGAGAGAUUGGAGAGUACUAAGAAUGAGAUUUUGGAGGGGUUAGAGAAGGAGCAUUUCUCGAGUAAGCUGGUGUGA